GUCGUUCCCAGACAAGAUGGAGACAGUCCUCGACCGGGCCCUGCUGCCGGUCGUCCAAGGGUUCGAUGGCCAAGAAGUGCCCUGCGGCUCCGACGGCGGCUGCGCGCAUGUCUCGGAACGCAGCUGCCUUGUCUCUGCUGUGGGGGUCGUGCUCAGCUGCACGCAGGGAGUGCCGCUUGAGAGGAUCAGCAUGGCGGAUGCGGCCACCGAGUUGCGCUCCAUCAGGGACGCUUGUGCCCGUUCGACAGAACAAUAAGGUAAAUAGGCUCAUGCAUGUAGGAGAAGUGAGUUCAAUUUCUUGCUGUGCGUCACACAUAUUGAAAUUUAAUUUGUUAUUAGGAAAAAAUCAAACUUCUGUCUUAUAGAACACAAAAUCGUAAUAUUAUCUAUACUACUCCUUAAGAAUCUAAAGAGGGCGUCCACAGCACCGUGCCCCCGCCCGCGAUGCCAAACCGCCUCUGCUCCCCGCUGCGCGCUGCCCCGUGAUACCCGCCGACAAACUCUCGUGCGAUACCCGUACGCGUGCUCCGCCGGUAGCACCGCCCCCUGCCUUCUCGCCUACCUCCCCGCCCUCCUCCUGCUAUCGCUCCUCCCCGCUGUCGCCUCCGUCUACACCAAGCGCAACACUCUCACCUUCCCACGCGUCCUCUUCGUUGUGCCCUGUGUCUGGCGGAGGCUCGCCGCCAAGUUCCUAGCCGCCUUCGCUCUCCUCUUCGCCUACCACGCCGCUGCCGUGCUCGUCUUCACGGCCUCCUCAUCGUCGGGUUCAACGGCUCCAGCCUCUCGGGCCUACUCCGCCCCAGCGCCCCCUCCCCGACCGCCUACCUCUCAACCCUUGCCCCCGCCCAGUGCAGCAGCCGGCCUGCUCCGUGCGCCUCAUCUGGGGCCUCCGAGACGGCAAGACGAAGACCAUCAGCGCGCUCCUGUGGUCCAUGCUGAUCGAGAACCAGAGGACGGUGACCUGCGCCCCGACUAACACCGCUGUGGCGGAGGUCGCGUCACGGGUCCUUGGUGUUAUCGAAGAGUCCGGCGGCGGCGGUGCUGCAACGAAGUGUUUCUUUGGCGAUGUCGUGCUCUUCGGCAACGAGGACAGGAUGGCUGUGGACCGGAAACUAGAAAAUAUCUUCUUAGACACGCGUGUUCGCCGUCUGCGUCAGUGCUUGAUGCCAAUCACAGGGUGGACAAAGUCCCUGAGCUCCAUGAUUGCACUUCAGGAGGAUCCGAUGGUUCCGUAUGAAAGGUAUGAUGAGGCCAUACAAGGUUGUGUAUUGGAUUUGGUUUCAGAAGAAAUCAAGCUAAGAAAUGUAAUAGUUGUCUGUUCUUUACGGACGAUGGAUGACAAAAAAGUUAAGGAGAUACAGAAAGAUUUACUGGAAGUGCAGAAAAAAGCACGAGAGGUAGAGCGAGAGAAAAUAUCAUUCGAGACCUACUUCCAGAGUAACUACAAGAAGCUCGCUAAGGAUUUGCGCACUUGUGUGGAGACUUUCGUCGAUGAUCUUCCCAGAUCCGCAACAUCAGAAGAAAACUUUUGCUGCAUGGCGGAGGUGCUGCUCUUGCUCGAUGCGUUUGGAGUGCUCGUGCAGUCUGAACCAGUCGAACAGCUUCAAGCGCUGUUCAAAAGGCACUCCGAUGUUAGGUUCCGGCUGAGGGAGGCGAUAUCCUCGUGUCUUCGCAAGCUAUGGCUCCUUUCUUCUAACUUUAAGCUUCCCGAAAUGUAUGACAGCCGAACGAUCGAUCUAGAGUUCUUGCUUCAGAAUGCUAAGAUCGUGCUCUGUACAGCUUCGAGCUCGUACCGCCUGCUCUACAUGCAGAAGGCCCAGCCCUUGGAGGUCCCUGUCGUGGACGAGGCCGCGCAACUUAAGGAGUGCGAGUCACUGAUACCCCUGCAGCUGCCUGGCGUCCGUCACGCUGUUCUCAUCGAUGAUGAGUACCUGCUUCCCGCAUUGGUCAAAAGCAAGCUGAAUUCUCGAGUUCAGAUAAUGGUCAAGAUGGUGCUACUUUACUGAUGUAUAAACAUUAUGUUGCAACUGCUAUUCCCAAAGGAAUCCAUUGCUUGUCUCUGCGCCUUACUGAUGAAUACUCCUCAAAUGCCCAUGAUUGUGCUAAAGAAAAGGAUGUCAUGCUUUUGGUUGAUCUUGAAAAGAAUAUCAUUGCAGGAGCAGACUUGAGUGAUUUAGCCGUGGAGCAUUCCUUUUGUUCAUCUAAAGAAAAUGGUGGUCAAGACGGUGCUAACCUUCUCUUGAUUUGUAAUUCAUGGCUCAUGAGUGUCAAUAUAGCCUGCUCUUGGCUAACGAGAAGGAGAAGGCCACUGCUGUUGAUGAUAUUGGCUACGGUCUUGACAAAAGGGCACCAAUUCAGUGUUACUCACACAAUCUUUGCUUAUUUCACACCAGGUCAUCUUCUCAGAUUCUCAGAUUGGGAGACAUAGCUUCUAAAGGUACCCAACCAACAGCUCAAGGCUGCUGAGUUCUCCUGUAAGCCAGCAUCAGUACUGCCCUUGUCUCUCACUCACCCAAACUAUGGGGUAAUCAGUGCUAACCCCUGAAAGCUGAAGUAGAGUCAUCAAUCAUUGUCUACACUAUCAGCGGCUUGGGGACAAGCCGCAUUUCAAGCGGUGGGGAAUGUUAGCAGUCCGGCGAGUGAAGCUACUGAUACUGCAGACGCGGGAGAAGAAAAG